GUUCCGCCAGGGCGAUAGAAAAACUUCAUAAAUUCCCCCAAAAUUCGCCAUACAUUUACCACCCGUCUUUCGUAGCUUAUUUCGCUUGUGUAUCUGUGCCUUGGUGGAACUUACUGUAUUCACCUACUUUCCCAGCGCGACCGCAAAGCGUACGCCAUGUCACGUUAUACCGCUCAUCGAAGGGACCAACAAAUACGACCUUCUCGGCUGUGAACGACCUUGGCGGUCAAAUCGCCCCAUCCUGCGCUUCCGCUUCACGGCAGUGCAGCUGUUUGACACGCCCACUCCGCGUUAUCUGCGGUUGCGUCGAAUAGUAUACGUCGUAUACGUUACCGGUAGCUGAACUUUUUCGAAACGCCCACGACUCAAUUUUACAUGGAGGCGCUAGACAUUAGCGGCGACUUGUCUUCGUGUACCCACUGUCCGCGGAUGACGUUCGACAGCGCUUUGUACGGGCGAGACACGGAGUUUGAAGCCGUUACCGACGAGGCAUUUGUUACCUUGGCGACUGAUGACACCUAUUCCCUGGGAGCCCUUGUGCUUGCGCACUCCCUCAAGAGGGUGCACACGUCCAGGCAACUUGUCAUCCUGGUCACAAGCACAGUCACCACACACAUGAGGACGUUGCUCUCUCAGGUCUUUGACCUGGUUGAGGAGGUCAAUCUUCUGGACAGUCGAGACCCCAGCAACCUGGCGCUGCUCAACCGCCCUGAGCUGGGCGUCACCUUUACUAAGCUGCACUGUUGGAGGCUGGUCCAGUUCAAGAAGUGCGUCUUCAUGGACUCGGACACCAUGGUGCUGCAAAACUGCGACGAACUCUUCUCGAGAGAUGAGCUCUCGGCCGUUCCGGAUGUUGGCUGGCCAGACUGCUUCAACUCUGGGGUCUUCGUCUACGUCCCUUCGGAAGCUACCUUCAAUGCUCUCAUUGCAUUCGCCGAUGAACAUGGCAGCUUUGACGGCGGAGAUCAGGGGCUGCUGAACCAGUACUUCAGCGACUGGUCAACAAAGGACAUCAACCGCCAUCUGUCGUUUAUUUAUAACAUGAAUGCAAAUGUCGCCUAUACAUACCUUCCAGCGUACAGACAGUUCAGCAAGGAUGUGAAGGUAGUGCACUUCCUGGGGAGCCUGAAGCCCUGGCACCAUUCGUUCAGCCUGAUCACGGGCCAGGUGGAGACUCGUGGGGAAACCCAGCACAUGCACGGUCACCUGCAGUUCUGGUGGGAGCUCUUCAUGACUAACGUCCAGCCAAACCUCUUCCCCGAAUGCGCGGGGCUUGCUGGGGAGAUGUCCAAGCUAACCAUCAAGACGGCUGAGGAACUGCGGCAGAGCCCAACGGAGCAGGCGAUGUACGGCGGCUCGGAGGCAAGACAGUUUGCCUGGGAACGCGGACAAAUUGACUACCUGGGUGCCGAUGCCUUUGAGAACAUCCAGAAAAAACUGGACACCGCCAUUACCCCGCCCUCGGAGCCCGUCACGACGCAAGCGCACCCAGAACAGGCUUCCAAGACAAAAGGCGCUCAACCCAAGCAACAAAAAGGGGUUCAGAAAUGAGCUAACCGUAACGAAAGAACUGCCGAAACGAGCCGAAACUGAUGACGUAGUAUACAUUGUUUGCGCCAAGCCGAAGCUUUUUUUUUUUUCUUGAAAUCAUAGGUUUUUAUAUUUCCGUUGUGUGCCAAAUGAUUAACCCUGCGGUGGUUUCUUUCUUCUCUAUUGAAGGUGCUGGAUUUUUUUUUUUUU